AACUAUCGUCGCCACCGCCGUGCACCGACGAGCUGGUGCUGGUUUGUCUGCGAACCCUCUCUCCGGAUGGAUUGGCCAGCGAUCGCUUGCUGCCCCGUGUGACCUCCCAACAUCAGCCGGACGUCCUUCCCGUGUUCUCCGGCCUCCAAGCACAUCAACAAUCCGGUCUGCGCCCUCCUCCGGGCAGCCUCUGCCUCUGCCUCGCUCUCUUCCGCAAUGCCCAGCUCCCCAACUCGGCCCUCUGGUUACGGCUCAACGCCGUUGUCUCCUCACCGAACAUCCGCAUCUGCUCCGUCGCUGUUUCGGCGGCUGCUGGCGCCCUUCCGCAUCCGAGCCAGCCCUCCUUCCCACGACCGGCCUCACGAACGACAGCCCCUGAUUCCAUCCCAGCACGUCCAUGCGCUGCGUGAGUCCUGGAAGGGCCUCAAGAGCCUUCUCAAGUUCAUUGGCCCCGGCUAUAUGGUGGCCAUUGGCUAUCUCGAUCCCGGGAACUGGGCCACCGAUCUGGCUGCCGGGUCACAGUUCAACUAUUCGCUGCUCAUCGUCAUCCUGGUGUCCAACUUUAUGGCGGUCUUGCUGCAGUCUCUCUGCAUCCGGCUCGGCGUCGUUACCGGAAUGGAUCUGGCGUCGGCCUGUCGCAAGCGCUUCUCCUUCCCAGUCACGCUGUUCUUUUACAUCCUCUGCGAGCUCGCCAUCAUGGCUUGCGAUCUUGCCGAGGUCAUUGGCUCGGCCAUCGCCCUCAACAUACUCUUCUCGAUCCCACUACCUGUCGGCAUCCUGAUCACCGCCCUCGACGUCCUCGUGAUUCUGGCUGCAUGGAGAACCGAGCAUAUGCAGUGGUUCGAAGCCGCCAUUAUCGUGCUGGUGGCGGCUGUUGCCGGGUGCUUUGGCUACCUCGUCGCCCUGAGCCGCCCGGACUGGGGUCUCGUUGCAGCCGGAUUCAUGCCCUCCUGGGAAAUCUGGACCAAGCCAGGAUCGCUGUACGUCGCCAUGGGCAUUCUCGGAGCUACUGUCAUGCCGCACAACCUCUAUCUCCAUUCGCAUCUGGUCCGCUACCGGUCGUCGAGAGACUCGGACGCUUUGGGCGAGAUCCGUGAAGUCGAGGCCUCUCCCGAGCCUGACGAGCACACGGACGGAGACAAAGUCGGCCUGCAGCCUCUGUGCCGUGCUGCCAUCAUUCGCAAGACCCUGCAUCUCACCAACAUCGACUCGACCGUGGCCCUGACCUUUGCCCUCGCCAUCAAUGCCUCGAUCUUGAUUGUGUCGGCUGCAUCCUUCUACAAGAACAACGAAAAGGACGUUGCCGAUCUCCAGGACGCCUUCCACCUCAUCACCAAGUUCCUGGGUCCUGUCGCCGGGACGGCGUUUGGCGUUGCGCUGCUGAUCUCUGGGCAAAGCUCCACCAUAACCGGGACCAUGACCGGCCAGAUCAUCAUGGAGGGCUUUCUCGGGUCGCACUUCCGGGUCUCGCCCUGGGCCCGUCGACUGAUUACCCGGCUCCUUGCCAUUGUCCCGGCCAUGGUCGUAACCCUGUGGAAGGGCUCGGCCGGCAUCAACCAGCUGCUGAUCGCCAGCCAGGUGGUGCUCAGUCUCCAACUGCCGUUUGCCGUCUGGCCCCUGGUCGUCUUUACCAACAGCAAAUCGAUGAUGCGGGUGCAGUAUAGCUCUGAUGACGGCGACGUCGAGACAGCCGUCGCCGAAGAAAGCUUCCAGAACUCGCCACUGAUGUCGGUGGCGUCGAUUGCCAUUGCCGUGAUCAUCACCGCCCUCAACCUCGGGCUUAUCUACCAAGUCUUUUCGGGCAACGCGGCCGGGACGUCCUCCGGCCAAGCAUUCGCUUGAUCCCGGACCAUUGCUUCCUGACGCU